AUGCCUCCACAGCUGUUGCCAGCGUCGGCGGCUGCUUUUGCGCCCAGAGCUUCGUCGGUCAACGUGGUCUUGAGUUCAAAGGUAGAGCCCUGGUUGACGGCAACGCUGAAGCGUACGAACCGUGUGAAGCGCCCUCUCAAUAGCGUCCCCCAACACCAGAGAUGUUUAACAGAAACGUUGUCGUCGCCGACUGCCAUCUGGACUCUCACCUCCCUCAUGUUACCAAAGGCCCCCGAAGCGGAGUUGCGGAAGGAUUCGAAUCCCCUGAUCGAGGCUCUCUUCAACUAUCAGCUCAUCCAUGUCGAGGCAUAUAUCGUUCACGUGGACAUGGUCUUACGGAAUGAGGUCGCGUUCAAGCUCACGCCCGAUUCUAUAGAAUCCCUCAUUGAGUACCACAAGGAGAUCCACUGUGUAGACAUCGCUGCCAACACGUAUAGCUGGUCGGAGAAGGAGCUACAGGUCAAGAAGUUGCAUGAAGAAUUCAUCCAGGCGAUCAACAAGUUUGUCUACCGAACGCACGUCUCCGCUCUGGAAGGCUUGGAAGAAGAUGGUGCAGGAGAGUUGUUGUGUGGGAAGAGUGAAGAGGUCAAGAACAACAUCAUGGGCUUGUUCCUCCCACUGUUGCCGCCGCCGCCACGGGUCGUUGAUAUUGUUCGACCACCGCCUUUGCUACCCAGUUCACCUGCCGGAGCGAACUGGUGGUCGCAGCCAACUAUUCCGACAUCAGUCCCAGCUCCAGUAGAUUCAUGGAGAGUCAUCCCGUCAAGUCCAAGCACGACGUCCUCGACCGACUCGAAUUCCUUGUGGGCGAGCAUGGGAUUGAACGAGAUCCAACUACCUUCGCCGACACCAUCCUAUAGCCAACCAUUCUCGACAGCUGGGUUAUUCUACAGUGCACCGCAGGUCAGCGCGCCUAUCCCGUCACUCCCCCUACCCAGCAUGCUAGCGCAAUCGCAAUGCGGCGUGAGUGUUGGCUAUGGGGGGUUUGGCUGGGAUAGGUAUCAGGAGUACGCAGCGACGAUGUGA